CUCAAUCAUUGAGUUUCCAGCUUUCUCUUUAUUUCUUUUUGUCUUUUCCCUAUUCCCUUUUCCAAGAUCUUGGCAGGAUGACAAUCCUCAUCAUUGAGAAACCAGCAGAACAUGUUGAGGAGAAACAAGCCGUCCCUUCUGAUAAUGCUAAUGAACUGAUUUUGGAUGGAGGGUUUGUUGUGCCCAAGACAUUAAUGUCUUCCAAUGGAGGAUUUGAAGCCCCAGAGAUGAAUUCUUUUGGUCAAUCUUUCAGGGCCUAUGAUGCAGAAAGUGAGAGACAGAAGAGUGUGGAGGAGUUUUAUAGAGUGCAACACAUCAACCAAACAUAUGAUUUUGUGAAGAGGAUGAGGGAGGAUUAUGGGAGAUUGGAUAAAGUAGAGAUGAGCAUAUGGGAAUGCUGUGAGCUACUGAAUGAUGUGGUGGAUGAUAGUGAUCCUGACUUGGAUGAACCACAGAUUGAGCACUUGCUGCAGACUGCUGAGGCCAUUAGAAAAGACUACCCUCAUCAACCUUGGUUGCAUUUGACUGCCCUCAUCCAUGAUCUUGGAAAAGUGCUUCUGCAUCCUAGCUUUGGGGAGCUUCCUCAAUGGGCUGUGGUUGGUGACACAUUCCCUCUUGGAUGUGCCUUUGAUGAAUCCAUUGUUCACCACAAGUAUUUCAAGGAAAACCCAGACUGCAACAACACCCUUUACAACACAAAAAAUGGAGUCUAUGAAGAAGGUUGUGGUUUAGACAAAGUACUCAUGUCUUGGGGUCAUGAUGACUACAUGUAUUUGGUGGCCAAGGAAAAUGGAACAACUCUUCCUUCUGCAGCAUUGUUUAUUAUCCGCUAUCACUCUUUUUAUGCAUUGCAUAGGGAAGGGGCAUAUACACACUUGAUGAAUGAAGAGGAUAAAGAAAACAUGAAGUGGCUCAAAAUCUUCAAUAAAUAUGAUCUAUAUAGCAAGAGCAAAGUCAGAAUCGAUGUAGAAGAAGUCAAACCUUAUUACCUUUCUCUCAUUGAAAAGUAUUUCCCAGCCAAACUCAGAUGGUAAUGUCGAGGCAAUUGAGAAGUAAUGGGGAAAUAUAAAGCAUUUUAUGGUGUUUAUCUUGGAUGCAAAAUACAUUUAUGUAUUGUUUUUUUUUUUCGGGUGGUGGUGGUGGCGUUAUGUUUUUCCAUUUUGUAAUGAACAAAUAAAUUCUAUUCUUUUGCUAUA